AUGGACGAGCCGGAUUCCAGCACCGAAGACGCAGUCAUUGGAGCAGCAGGAAGUCGAGCGCCGAGCGGGGAGUUGGACACGUCGCACAAAUCUCGACAGUCUGCUUCGUUCAACGGAUACUGGCCGCCGGCCAUAACCAUACGAUAUCGUGAGAGCAACAGCACAGAGGAGGACAUCGAGGAAAUGGAGGAGAGCCGGGGACUGUUGGACAAAAGUGGUGGUACCAUGUCCGACGAAGAGGAGGAAGAAGACAUCGACGACUCCGUAAUACAUGACAUGGAUCACUUCAAAACCUUCUCGCUCGCGUAG